CAUACGGUGUGAUGUGCUGGUGAGGAGAAGUGUGGAGGAAUGGGAAUUUUUGGCGUGAGUGUGUGCGUAUGUUUGCACGCGCUGCUUGAUGCUGGGUGCGCGGCGCUCAGCGAUCAGUCGCAAUUCAAUACUCAAUAAAAACACACGUGAACUGUACGAUCAAUUCUUUCCUUUUACGGCAAAUGAAUCAAAAAUAAUAUCACAACGUAGGGGCAAGUUUGCUAAAGAUCGCGGGAAAGAACAUUUUGGUGCGUAGUGACCAGGAUUUUGAUAAAUCCUUCGGUUUUUGUGAAAACCGGCGUACAGAAGCGUUUGUUCAUAAAGCAGUGCUGCGGCACUCGAUCUGUGUUAGUGUUUGUGUGUGUGAGCCUUUUGCAAAAUGUCGAAGCAGGACAAGUUGCGGUACAAGGAGCUCAAGCGGCACCAAUACAUGGACUCCAUCAAUCGUGUGAAAGAGUUCGUAAAAACGUUCACAAGUGAACAACAAAAUCAAGUGUCGACGCGACUCGAUCGUUUGGAAAAGAUUUGGGAAUCUUUUGAAACAGUGCAAGAAGACAUCGAAGAUUUGGAAAUCUCCGAGGAAGGCGUUGCAACUAAUGCGCGUAUUAGAGCAGAAAUGGAGGAAACGUAUUUGUAUGCAAAGGCGCAAUUGCGUAGUAUGUUGCCCAUUCCGGCAGUCGCUGAAAUUGUGUCUGUUGCUGCAAAUGCUGCUUCAUCUUCUUCUUCAAGAGUGAAGCUCCCAUUGAUCGCACUGCCAGAGUUCGCAGGAAAUUUCGAUGCGUGGUUAACGUUCCACGACACAUACGUCUCACUCAUACACUCAUCGACGGACAUAACGGCAAUCGAAAAAUUCCACUACCUUCGAGCUUCACUCAAAGAAGAAGCUGCAAAUUUAAUACAAUCCAUUUCGGUUACGAGUGAGAAUUAUGAUUUGGCAUGGAGUACGAUCGUCAAACGUUAUUCCAACCCAAUCAUUUUACGUAAGAAGCAUAUUCGAUCGCUCAUAUCGCUUCCUAAGAUGAAAGAAACGGGAGCAGUGGCGCUCAACCGUUUGGUUGCCGAUUUUCGACGGCAUGUCAAAAUCCUAGAACAAUUGAAAGAACCCGUGAAAUCGUUCAGUUCAAUUCUCAUCGAGUUGAUGGCAGAUAAGCUGGAUGAUGAAACACUCCGUGUGUGGGAAGAAGCCCAUGCCGAUGAAGAUCCUACAUUUACGGACAUGAUGGCGUUUUUUGGAAAAACGUGUAAGAGUGUUGGAAACACUGGCAAUAGAGAAGUGUGGUGCAGUUCCCAAAAAACCAAUAAAGACAAAGGUAUCGUUGCAUGCAGCUACAACUCAUACCAACAACGUACCAGUGUGUGUGAUGUGCAAAAAGAACGGGCACAGUAUAGCGUCGUGCAAUGUGUUCAAAGGCACUAAUACACAAGAACGCAUGAGAGUGGUGAGUGAGAAAAGGCUGUGCAGAAAUUGCUUGAAAGCAGGACAUUUGGCCCAUGCGUGUGCGUCCAAAUACAAUUGCCAGCAGUGCUCUCAGCGUCACCACACACUACUUCAUGCUCACGAAGAAAACAGCAGUGUAUUAGUGGGUGAAACUUCUAGCUCUUCAACAAUGGCGUUGGCAUCGUCGAAGAAAUCCGCCGUUAACGCUAUACUCUCUACAGUGGUAUUGGUUGUUGUCGAUGCAUACGGAAAAGAACACUUAGCGCGAGCAUUGCUGGACAACGGAUCGCAGCCGAACGCGAUCAGUGAACAUCUUUGUCAGCUUUUACGACUACCACGAAAGCCCGCUAGCGUUUCAAUUGCUGGUGUGGACAGCACUACCACCAAUGCAAAGCACAUAGUAUGUACAGAAGUGCGAUCUCGGAUCUACCACUACCGACAAGCAAUGAAUUUCCUUGUGUUGAAGAAAGUAACGCAGAACAUUCCGUCAACGUCGUUUUCUACUGCUGCCGUCGGCGUUCCUUCGAACUACGUUCUGGCCGAUCCAGAUUUCGGGACCGCGCGGCGCGUGGAUAUGAUCAUCGGUGCAGCAUAUUUCUAUUCGUUGCUGCGUGGUGGACAAGUGCAUUUGCCAAACCAGCGAAACGUUCUCAUCGACACGGUGUUUGGCUGGCUCGUAGCAGGAGAUACACCGACCUUUCAUGAAUCGCAAUCGCAAACAACAAUUAGUUGUCACAUGAUGGAGGCAACCGACAAACUACAAGAACAGCUGGAGCGAUUUUGGAAGGUCGAAGAGCUUGCUAUAACAUCAUUGUCUCCUGUUGAACAACAGUGCGAGCAGUACUUCAAGCAGACGACGAAUCGAGAUGACACCGGCAGAUACGUCGUUCGCAUGCCGAAACACCACGACUACGCUCAGAUGCUUGGCGAUUCGAAGGCUGCAGCCCAGAAGCGCUUUCGGUUGUUGGAACAGAGGCUGGCUAAAGACAAGCAUCUGAAGCAGCAGUACGAUGACUUCAUGCGAGAAUACGUGACGCUGGGUUACAUGUUUCCUGUGCCGGUUGAAGAGGACAGCAUGGCUGCGGUUCACUACUUGCCGCAUCAUCCGGUGGUGAAAGAGUCCAGCACGACGACCAAGGAAACAGAAGUUGUGCAAACUUUUGAGUUGGCAACGGUGACGUAUGGUCUGGCUCCAUCGUCAUUCCUAGCAACACGUACGCUACUUCAACUAGCUGAGGAUGAAGGCGCUCCUUAUCCUUUGGCAACUGAAGCCGUAAAGAAGAACUUGUACGUGGACGAUCUAAUCUCCGGCGCAGAAAGCAUUGAGCAAGCAAUUCAACUUCGUGACGAACUGACCAGUCUCAUGAGUAAGGGAGGUUUCAGGUUCCGAAAAUGGUGCUCAAACGAGUUGAGUGUGCUUGAUGGGUUGACACCUGAUCUGCUUGGAACAACAACAUCCCAUGAAUUCGAAGCAGCCGCAAAUGUCAAGACGCUUGGCAUAUGUUGGGAACCACCAAACGAUGUAUUCCGUUUCACGAUUGCUAUCCCUGAUGUACGACCCUGCACGAAACGUACAGUGCUAUCUACGAUUGCCCAGCUGUACGAUCCGCUUGGCUUGCUAUCGCCUAUCAUCGUGCAAGCAAAAAUCCUCUUACAGGAACUUUGGGCAAACAAACUCGGUUGGGAUGACGAAUUGCCGCGGCAAUUGUGUGACAAAUGGGAAGAGUUUUGCGAACAGCUCCCCAUGCUAGCUCAUUUCAAGAUCCCGAGAUUUGCUUUGACACCCAACUAUAACUAUGUAGAGCUGCAUUGUUUUGCAGACGCAUCAGAAGCAGCUUAUGGUGCGUGUGCCUACCUGAGAUCGCAAAGCAUCGACGGCACAACCCAAGUAACGCUGCUAGCUUCUAAAUCGAGAGUGGCUCCUCUCAAACCGCUUACCAUCCCUAGACUGGAACUAUGCGCAGCCUUGCUAGCUGCCAGAUUACAGCAGAAACUAAUAUCAGCCAUUGACAUGGCAGUAAACGAAACACAUAUGUGGUCCGAUUCAACCAUCACGCUGCAAUGGCUUGCAGCACCACCUAGAACGUGGAAAACUUUCAUCGCAAACCGAGUAGGAGAGAUACAAGCUGCUACCAAUGGAUGCAUUUGGCAUCAUGUGCCAGGGAUCGAGAACCCUGCCGACAUGCUAUCCAGAGGUGUUUCUGCGGAAUUGCUUUUGGAAAGCAACAUGUGGAUGCAUGGACCAGAUUGGCUGAUGAACGAUAGCUCGUGCCGGCCCAGCAAAUCGUAUGGACAACAGCACUUCACUGAUGAUGAGCUGGAAAGAAAGGGUAACGUUGUGUUAACUGCCCAAGUAGUCGAGCCCGACCCACUGCUCCUACGAUACUCCUCAUUCAGAACGUUGGUUCAUGUAACUGCAUAUUGCAUGCGAUUUUGCCACAUUGCGCGUGGUAAAGAACAACGCGAAACGAUCAAUCUCUCUGUGGAUGAGAUUCAAAAUGCUAAAAUCGUUUUAGUAAAGAUGGUACAGCGACAAGUAUUUCCCGAUGAACUACGACAACUGCGUAAGAAACAAAAGCUUGCUGGUGGAUCCCCACUCAAGCUACUCCAUCCAUUCAUUGACAAGGAUGGUGUCAUACGUGUUGGUGGCAGACUUGGACAUGCCGAUUUGCCAUUCUGUGUGAAGCAUCCGAUCGUCAUUCCUGGGUAUCAUCCAUUUACCCAAUUGCUGUUGAGGCAGCAACAUGAGAAAGUGAUGCAUGGUGGCAUCACAUCAACACUUUCAGCCAUUCGCGGGGAGUUUUGGCCAUUGAAUGGCAGGAGAGCGGUUCGAUCUACCAUCCGAGCAUGUUAUCGCUGCAACCGAGCCAAUCCUGUUCCAAUUCAGCAACCGAUGGGACAGCUACCGCUUUCUCGAGUCACUGCAAACGAAGUAUUUGUCUGUACAGGUGUGGAUUACUGUGGGCCGAUAAUGCUGAAGCCUGUUCAUCGCAAAGCAGCUCCUCAAAAGGCGUACCUAUGCAUUUUUGUAUGCAUGAGCACCAAAGCAGUGCAUUUAGAGCUUGUGAGUGACCUAAGUACAUCAGGGUUCCUGAAGGCUUUAGACCGUUUCAUCUUCCGACGAAACAAGCCGAACCAUAUCUAUUCGGAUAAUGGUACAAAUUUCGUCGGCGCAAAGAACGCACUUCACCAAGUCUACCAGAUGCUGCAUGACGAAGCUCAAAACCGUCAAAUCAAUAACUACCUAGCAGAAGAAGGAAUUGAAUGGCACCUUAUUCCACCUCGUGCACCAAACUUCGGUGGGCUUUGGGAAGCCGCCGUGAAGGUGGCCAAGAAGCUUUUGGUCAGGCAGUUAGGUGUCUCGCUACUAUCUUAUGAGGAUCUGGCAACAGUGCUGAUCAAAAUCGAAGGCUGCAUGAAUUCUCGUCCAUUGACGCCGCUUUCGAAUGACCCUAACGAUUUGUCAGCUUUAACACCGAGUCAUUUUCUCAUCAAGGGAAUGAUGCGUCCACCUCCAGAAACUGACAUACGGGAUGUCCCGACCAAUCGACUCGACCAGUAUCAGCGGUUGCAGAAGUACGCUCAACAUUUCUGGCAGCGCUGGCGUACAGAGUAUCUUCAUGAGCUUGCUCAGCAACAGCGACGUAAUCCACCAGAACAACAAGUCUCUAUCGGAGACAUCGUCAUUAUCAAGGAUGAACAUCUCCCAUCCGCUCGUUGGCCCUUGGCUCGGAUCGUGGAAGUACACCCUGGGCAGGAUGGGAUUGUGCGUGUUGUUACCUUAAAAACUGCCUCUGGGGUAAUGAAGAGACCGUCGUCUAAGAUAUGUUUGUUAGAGUGUUCACGAGAAUUUUGAAAACUUAGUUGUUCAAGGGGGCCGGUAUGUUUGGUACCGCAUACGGUGUGAUGUGCUGGUGAGGAGAAGUGUGGAGGAAUGGGAAUUUUUGGCGUGAGUGUGUGCGUAUGUUUGCACGCGCUGCUUGAUGCUGGGUGCGCGGCGCUCAGCGAUCAGUCGCAAUUCAAUACUCAAUAAAAACACACGUGAACUGUACGAUCAAUUCUUUCCUUUUACGGCAAAUGAAUCAAAAAUAAUAUCACAACGUAGGGGCAAGUUUGCUAAAGAUCGCGGGA